UGAGCGAAGCGACCCCCCCAUUAAUUGCUGUGAUCGAUCGCGUAACGAGAGCGAUAGAGACGUGGCGAUAGAGAGAGGGGCGAGGGGAGGGGAGGGGCCGAGGAGGGUGGUGAGGCGCCAGAGGCGAUUAAUUGCUCCGUAUUGGUUUAAUUAAUUGCUCGUUUCCCUCCUCGGCAUUUGAGUUGGGGCAUUGGAUCGAGUCGAGGCGGUCUUUGAUUUUGGUUUUGGGGCUGUUUUUGAUUCCUACGUUAGCUAUGCUCUCGAAUUUGGUGUUGAUUUUGGUUUAGUUUUAUCUGAUCUCGAUCAAUUUGAGGAAAAGAGAGCGCGUCUUUUAAGCUUCUUUUAGGGUUUUCUUGGGUUUUAUGUGAUUACAGGAUCAGUGUGAUGGAAAAAGAUGACGACGAUCGCUGUUUCUUUCCUCUCACCAGUUUGCAAAUCGGGGAUUUGCAGUCUUAUCUUUCGCGUUUGACUCUUUUUUUGGUUCCCAAAAGUAAGAAGUUCCUUAUCCUAGUUGACAACCGUCCGUGGUUGAUCGACCUGGGCACGCGACCUGCUCACCUAUGGCAAUUGAUGGUUACCAAGUCCAGGUUGUCUCCUUUUGCAAACACUAGCGCCAGGAGGAAGAGAGUCGACAAUGGGAAAAGGCUUGACUUCUCAAAUAGCUCAGGAUCCACUCCAGUUAUGCGGAAUAAAUUAUCUAGAUGGUAUACUGUAAUUGAUGCUGCAAUAUCUCAAAAGAAAACUUUGCUUCCGGUGAAGAAACUCAAGGAAUCAUCUUUUCUGUUGAAUAAGGAGUUACAUCGUACUUUAUAUGGUUUUAUUGUUUUUGAAGUGGAGUGGGCACAUGUUAGGGGUAUAAAUUACCUGAAUGAACUUCAGACCGAUACAUCUAUGGUGUUGGAGGCUAAGAUAAUGAAAAGGUGGGAAUUUGAUAGUAUCGAGCAAGCUUCAACCUUCAUCUCUUCAUGGUAUUCAGGGAGCUACUAUGAGUGUACUCUCUUACGAGAUUACUUGGACAGUAAUUGUAAUAAUGGGGAUGUAUUUUAUGAUGCUCAGGAAGAUAUAUCAACCCAUCGCAGGGAGGAUGGUAAUCGUUGUAAUGCAGACUUCCCUGAAGAAAAAUUUAUUCCUAAUAAUUCUCGGUUUGCUUGUUCUCCUUACACCUCGCCACCUUCCGAUGGUCCUUACAAGAGAAGGAAGAUAAUCAAAUCAAAUGCAUUUGAUGAAGAUUCAGUGGAAGUUUAUAGUGAAAUUGUGGGCUCUCCAAGAUAUUCAGAAUCAUCUUCUUCCUCACCCAGCACUGAUAGUGAGAGCUCAAGUUCAGUCUUUGGGCCUACAAUUUACAAGGAUGUUCUCAUAUUAUUCAGAUUUAAUGACCAUGACCUUCCAUUUAAACUGAAGGAAGUAAUUAUGUCUGAUUUGAGAUUGCUAACUCUAUUAGAGUACGGCCUUCCUUCUUGGGUCAUUUUCUUCCAAUCAUAUCCGGUGUUUUGCAAGAUUUACCGCCCAUGGAUGUGCCCUUUAGCAAGGGCCUUGUAUGUGCUGAUUUCUGUUAUCACUGUCCUCAUAGGAUUUUAUGACCUGUAUAAGAAUGUUCCACUAUUAAAAGCAACUGCAUCUCGCCUGUUUGGCCCCUUCUUUGACUGGAUAGAAACUUGGGAAAUGGUUUCGAGGAUUAAAUAUUUAGGAACUAUGCUUUUCCUGCAUAACUUUGAGGUAGCGCUUAAGUGGUUCCUUUCAAUUAUGCGGGCUACGAAGUCUGUUAUUUCAAUUUUGACAAAGCCAAUUGCUGGCCCAUUGAUGGAGCUUGUGGAGUUAAUUCUCCCCUUAUGGAACAUAUGUGUUGAAGCAGUAGAAAGUGUUAGUUCAGUGAUAUGGCUUAUUUUGGGAUCUUCAUACAGCAUUAUUGUGGGUACUGUCCAGGUUAUUGUUUGGCCUUUCUGGUUUGCCUUUAGCACUCUAUGGAACCUAGCAACGUAUGUGAUAUACCCUAUUUUUUGGGUCCUCUUGGAAAUUCUGGUGGCACCUGUUCGACUGGUUCUUGCAUUAGCUAAUUAUGUAGCAAUGUUAUUUGUCAACAUGUAUUACCUACUAGGGGAGACUUGGUCAUCUGUUUUUCGUGCCCUUCGAAGCAUUUUAUAUGGUUUUGUCGCCUUCUUUGCAACAUGCAACAGACACCGACUGAGCAUCUACAAUCAUAUUCGAGGGUUUCUCCUCCGUGUUUCAGAGGCUACGCAGACAAGACAUCCAGUUGCUAGCCAAGGGAGAUCGAGCAAUUCAAAAAUAGAUCCUUUAGCAGAUUUUGAGCGGCCAACAACAAGGCGUAUUCCACAUUCUCAGGAGAAGUUUCACAGAAGGAGAAGCAAGAGCAAGGACAUGUAAUCGAUGAAACAUAAUACAUGUUGCCUAUGUUAUAUAAAAUCAGGAAAUUGCAUUCUUUCAUUCUUUUACUUUUUAGGUUUGUUACAUUGUAGCACAAAGGCUAAUCUUGUAGAUAUGUGUUAUAGGGCUCUGCUUUUUUGCUUCCAUAGGUUGUGUAUCAUUUGAAUUAGUUAAUAUUUUUGCAACAAUAGUCACAACCUAAUUUCCCUUCCAGAAGAAAUAUUACUGAGGGAAAUGAGACGUGUGGACAUUAUUUACUUGAUGCAGUAGAAUGAAGCACUGAUCUAAAUUUAGGAUGAAGUUUAACCUAGACGAAGAGUUGACAUCCAAGAUAUUGAGAGCUGCAAUGCACCCCAACCGGUGAGGAACAGCUUAGAGGUUCUCAGAAAAAGAAAAGGUUUUAAGUGGUAUUGUAUAGAUGAAUUUUUGCUGUUUUAUCAUAUUAAAUUCAAACACUUCUAUGUAGACACCUGAGUUAUAUAUAGUACAUCUGAUGAGAAUGACCGAAGGGAAAGAAAAGGGUAAUAGUGUUUAUCAAUUGAUGUUGUUUUCUCUUUUA